AUUCUAUGUAAAUUAUUAAUAAGUUGAAACUACAAGGACCAUGACAUCAUGUGUAUCUUUCGUACUUCGAUUUAUAGUAUCUGAUAUCUCUACUUGGAAAAUUGCGUUGUCAGGUCCGUCAUCGGUGAUUAAAGUCAUCUGAAACAGUUAAUCUUACGACAGCCACGACUAGAAUCUAUGAUAUCACUUUCCGUUACAUGUUCGGAGUACUACGCUUCAGUGCUUUUCUUUAAAAUUCAUGCUGCAUUAUGUUGUCGCAAAAUGUGUUGAUAUAUACGGGAAAUAUACUUUCCUUAAAUGAACCUAAAACAAAAACAAGUCAGAAUCCUACGGACGAGCUAAUCGAAACUCUAAAGAUUGUUCUCCAACAUAACGAAACUAGUGGUGAAAAUCCAGUGGCUAUAACAGGAAAGAAAGAUAGUACUUUACAAGAUGUUAUCAGAGAGGAAGUUAAAAUAACUGUAAAAGUUUUUAUGUCCUCAACUAAUGUGAAUUUAUUGAAAGAAAGUAUAGAUGAAGUUUGCAACUAUUUGAAUACAAGUGCAAUUGAAUCUUUAGUAAUUGCCUAUUCAGGCAAAGAAAAUUCUGAAGAUCUAUUAUCAUCUUUGAAACAGUUAUGGAUUGGAAUAGAAGAAUAUGUUGAAGUUGGUAAAUUAUCAAGCGUUGGUUUAAGUGACAUUAGUACAAAUAUAUUUAUUGACUUAUUUCAAUGGGCAAAAGUGAAGCCUAACAUUGUACAAAUUAGCUUGGCUACAUGUUGUGUAGUACCACCUGCUUUGCAGUCAUUCACAAAAGAAAAUGAUGUGCAAUUGUUGACACACAAUGAUUCUGAUCAAAUUAUUCCUGCAGAAGAAUUAAAUAAAAUAUUUAAUGCUGAUGUCAAGUUAUAUUGGGUUGCCAGAUAUCAAAUACAUGUGAAGUGUCGUGGCAUUUUAUCUUCAAAAGGAUACUUAGUCUAUAUGAAUAAAACAACAACAUAGCAUAUUGUUUUAUAACAAUACUGUAAAAUACUAGAUGGGCAUAAGUUUUACAAUAAAAAUUGUGUUUACUUUCAUAAUUUAUACUUAUCAGGAUUUUACAAUAUAUUGACUGUAUACAUAUAAUUGAUAUUAAUUGAGUCAUGUAUAUAUAAGAUUAUUGUAAGAUUGUUGAUGUGAUCAAUAAAUGUCUAUAACAGUUAAUACAUUUAAUGUA